UCAGUUGGUGCUGUGCCUCAGCGAUGGAUACACAGAAGAAGACGCCAGUGCGCAAAUUCAAGAAACCAAAGUUCCCUCGGAUCGAGGAAGAUCGUUGGUGUGAGUUGCCCGACCUGGUGUUGGAAAGGAUAUUCUCGUAUCUCAACGCUGAACAGAAGUAUUACGCUUCGCUGACAUGCUCCUCGUGGAACAGGGGGUUCUACCUGUCACAAGCAUGGGCCACAUUUGUGUUCCGAGACACAACCCUUACUCGUCGCAAGUUCAAUUAUUACUCAGGCUGGCAGUACAUCUUGGAUCACAUACGGACCCAACAGUGUCUCAGCAGCAUCGGAAUGCACAUACGAGUGUUGGUCUUCUCUCCGAUGAUCAACUUCUACAACCUGUAUGAGUUCAUGAACAUGUUGUCGUACUACGCAGAACAUCAGGGGAGGGAUCGUCGUACUGUCAAGGGCGUAGGGUCCCUGAUCCAUACUCUGAAGUACACUUUUCCCUGCAACAUGAACCCAAGAGAGGAAGAUCACCAGAGAAACAGAAGACUUUACGGGACCGGAGGCAAACUACUAGAGGCUUUGAAGCGGCUGAUGGGAAAUCUGUCGUCGCUGCGUAACCUAGAACUGAUCGACCUGAUGUUGGACCACCACGAGGCGUUGUAUCUGCUGGACCAAGUGUGUUGCAACCAGACUGAGACUCUCAAAAGACUGAAACUGAUCAACCCUACCAAGACUGCUUGUCAACUGCUGCAUGUGGGGGUGUUCUUGAACCUACAGGUGCUAGAGAUUAGUCCGCAGAACUUGGGAGCAGAAGUGAUCUACUUGCUAGGAGAGAUUCGACUGAGGCAUCUUCACAUCCUGCAAAACCGUUACACUCCGCUGGACGUGACAGCUGUGGGGAGCAAGUGUUGGAGGGAUUGUGCCAAGCGCAACCCAGGACUGAAGGUACAUCUAAGGGUGGAAAGCACUAGAGAGCGACAUUUGCUGUGGCAAGAAGGAGCUCCUGUACACACAGUGUUGUACUCCAGUCCUCAGUGUAAGUUGCAGACUGACGUGGUUACGCGAGCCAUAGACCUUUACCAAGAGAAGUUAUGUGUCUUUGGUCACAUUGGCCUACCUAGAUUCCAUCAGCCUAAGAGCUUCAAUGACCGCAUCGACCCGUUUUUACUGAUGCUUUGUCGAGCCUGCCCGAAACUUCACACUCUGGUAGUAAGAGAGAGGAUAUCAACCAGUACAGUACUGCUGUUAGCUGACGUAGGCAAGAACCUGCGUCAUCUGUAUAUCAGACGCAACGCAGUCAUACUGCGUUGUGAUUGGCCACGCAACCCUGAGUGGUCACCUGGGUUCUACGAGUGGCUGCGUAUGUCUUCACGCUCAUACGAGGACACAGAACGUGAAGUGUCCCAGAGGUUUGGACACUCGUGGCACAUGCUGUCUGACAAAGAGUUCACCCGGCUCUCCGUCGGAAGACUCGUCUACGACUGAUGUAAUGUGAUAUUUACUGAGUUAAGGUGCCCAACUUUACUAAGCUGUUAUAUUUAUUUAUUACGAUAUAUGUAUAACGUCUACUUUAAAUUACUACCUAACCAAUUUUCAUGAUUGAGAUGUCUUUGUUCAAGGUGCCUUUAAGCAUUGACGUUUCGAUACUGAAUUAUACAUCCUAUCUACAUGGAGGAUAUGUCGCCAAUUUUUUUUACUAAAAAGUAAAAACACUGUAGUUGAAUGAUUCAGUCACAGAAUGAGCUGCUGUCUAAAAUUCUAUGUUCUACCUUGUCUGUUCUACUAAAAUAGUUACGAGGCAGAAAAUGUGU